UCUGUUACCACCGAUACAGAUAUGGGUAGAGAACAGCUCGCCUCCCUUCCCCGUGCAUCUGGACUACCAAGGGAUGUGGCCCGAGCGGUGGAAUUGCUGGAACGGCUGCAGCGCAGUGGGGAAGUGCCCCCCCAGAAACUGCAAGCCCUUCAGAGGGUGUUGCAGAGUAAAUUUUGCUCUGCCAUACGCGAGGUCUAUGAACAGCUUUACGACACGCUGGAUAUUACCGGGAGUCCGGAAAUCCGAGCUCAUGCCACAGCUAAGGCGACAGUGGCUGCCUUUGCAGCGAGCGAGGGCCAUGCGCACCCACGGGUGGUGGAGCUCCCCAAGACGGACGAAGGCCUGGGCUUCAACAUCAUGGGGGGCAAGGAGCAGAACUCUCCCAUCUAUAUUUCCCGCAUCAUCCCGGGGGGGGUGGCCGACCGUCACGGAGGGCUCAAGCGUGGAGAUCAGUUGCUGUCGGUCAAUGGUGUGAGCGUGGAAGGCGAGCAGCAUGAACGGGCGGUGGAGCUUCUGAAAGCGGCCCAGGGCACUGUGAAGCUGGUUGUGCGCUACACACCCAAAGUCCUGGAAGAGAUGGAGGCACGGUUUGAGAAGAUGCGGACAGCCCGGCGUCGGCAGCAACACAACAGCUACUCAUCCUUGGAAUCACGAGGAUAAUUUGCAUCAUCACUGUGUUAUUGAGGGGCCUGCCUGUGACUCUUCCAGCCCUCCCCCUCCCCCAUGAUGGUUUUAUCUGUAUAGCAGGAGACAUAUAUUUAUCGACCUUCCUCCCCUUUGGUGGGAGGUGGGCUUCUAUGUACAGUAUUUAUUCAGCACACAACCCUCUUAUUUAAAGAUGUUCUGUGUGAGUGACUGUGUUUGUGCAAAUCUAUACUACACACCCUUUGUGAAGUGUGGGAGAUACCCCCCCCCAACUCCCCAGGUACCAAAAGACCGUUUUCCCCCGUGGCACAGGGUUGUUGAAAGAGGAGAAUGGAAACUUCCUGCAUGAAUUGCUGCCUCUACCUCAGAGGGGGUUUCGUCUCUGCUCUGAGUGAGAGACCCUUGUCUAACGCCAGCCUCCUUCCCCAUCCUAAUGGAUUUUGCACCUCCGCUCCUUGUUAUAAACAAGUAGUUCUCAUGUAGUGUGUGGUGCAGUGGAUAAAACGGUGGACUUAGACCUUAGGUUCCAGUCCCUUCUCGUGAAACUUCCUUAGGUGACUUUUGAGAUCUGUCAUUUUGCCUUGCCUACCUCACAGGGCUGUUGUGAGGAUAAAAAAUGGAGAAAACCUGUGUAUGCAGCCUUGAGCACCUUGGACAAAGAGUGGGAUAGAGUGUGAUGAAUCAUGUGAAUAAAAGAAGGGGAUUGUCUCGGGACU